AUGAAGUUCAAUACCGUUGCUCUUACUCUCGCCACGGCGGGUUCCCUGGUGGCCGCUCAACAUCACCACCAGCAUCGUCACCACCAGCACAAGCGCGAGAACGUUGUUGAAUCCGGUACCACCGUCGUGCAAUACGAGCUAGACGGAAAGCCGAUUCCUCUUCAAGAGGUGUGUGCCGGUCUGGCUGAUGGCACUCUCAAGUUUGCCGACAAUGACCAUCCUACUGCCGUCUGCGACAACCUGAGCAGCUCCUCUGCUCCUGCCUCCACGCCUGAGGUCACCCCCACAUUUGCCCCGGCCAAAUUCAUCGAACUCUCUUCCGUUGUCACCCCGGCCUCCUCGACCUCAGCUCCAACUUCGGACGCAGUCCAGACCCCUGCCGCCUCUAGCAGCUCUUCUGCCAGCUCUUCCACCGCCACUGGUUUGGAUGCCGACUUCCCUGAUGGAGAACUUGACUGUUCUACCUUCCCAUCCGAGUAUGGCGCUGUUCCUCUUAACUACCUCGGUCUCGGCGGAUGGUCUGGUAUCCAGUAUGUCUCCUUGGCCGACAAGGUUAUCAGCGAAAUUGUGACGGCCGUCACUGGUGAUAGCUGCACCUCUGGCGCCAUGUGCUCCUAUGCUUGCCCGGCUGGUUACCAGAAGUCUCAGUGGCCUACUACCCAGGGCUCCACUGGCCAGUCUGUUGGUGGUAUUGAGUGCCGUAACGGAAAGCUCUACCUUACAAACCCUUCUCUUUCAAAGAAGCUCUGCAUUCCCGGCGUUGGAGGUGUCCACGUCCAGAACACCGUGGGCGAAACCGUCUCUGUUUGCCGUACCGACUAUCCUGGUACCGAAUCCGAGACCAUUCCCCUUGGCCUUGGUGACAAUGAGCUCCAGCCCUUGACCUGCCCCGAUGGUGAGACCUACUACAAGUGGCAGGGCAAGACAACCUCUGCUCAGUAUUACGUUAACCCUAAGGGCGUGUCCCCUGAGAAGGGUUGCCAGUGGGGCGAUGGCAGCCUGCCCAUCGGCAACUGGGCUCCCGUCAACCUUGGCGUCGGCCAGAACAACGGCAAAUGGCUCUCCAUCUUCCAGAACAGCCCCACAACGAACGCAAAGCUUGACUUUAACAUUAAGAUCAAGGGUGAUAACCUCAGCGGCUCCUGCAAGUACGAAAAUGGUGUCUUCUACUCCGAGACCGGUAGCAGCAGCUCUGGGUGCACUGUCGAGGUCAUGUCUGGUGAUGCCACCUUUGUCUUCUACUAG